UACAAUCGGCUGUGGGACUGCUAAGGGCACAUGCGCAGCUCAAAAUCCCCAGCAGUACCAACGGUGAGUCCGUCAGCAGCAGCCUUCAGAGCGUCCAUCUCCAGUUUCCUUUAAUCAGACACCAACAGCUUCGACAUACCGCCCCCAAUUUCAGCCUCGGUACGGAGCCGCCAGGCCGGGACAGAGACGGAGAGAGAGGCCUCGGCCAUGGAAGCGCUCGGACCAGGCCCGCCUGCCCCCACCUCUCUCUUCCAGCCUCCACGGCGUCCCGGCCUUGGCACGGUGGGGAAACCCAUCCGGCUCCUCGCCAACCACUUCCAGGUUCAGAUACCCAAGAUUGACGUCUACCACUAUGACAUCGAGAUCAAGCCGGAGAAACGCCCCCGGCGGGUCAACAGGGAGGUGGUGGACACCAUGGUGCGGCACUUUAAGAUGCAGAUCUUUGGGGACCGGCAGCCGGGCUACGACGGGAAGAGGAACAUGUACACGGCUCAUCCGCUGCCGAUCGGCAGAGACAGGGUGGACCUGGAGGUGACCCUGCCGGGCGAGGGGAAGGACCAGACCUUCAAGGUGUCCCUGCAGUGGGUGUCAGUGGUGAGCCUGCAGAUGCUGCUGGAGGCGCUGUCGGGUCACCUGAACGAGGUUCCCGAGGACUCGGUCCAGGCGCUGGACGUCAUCACACGGCACCUGCCCUCCAUGAGGUACACCCCGGUGGGGCGCUCCUUCUUCUCUCCUCCAGAGGGAUACUACCACCCUCUGGGCGGAGGCCGGGAGGUUUGGUUCGGCUUCCAUCAGUCCGUCCGGCCGGCCAUGUGGAACAUGAUGCUCAACAUCGACGUGUCGGCUACGGCUUUCUACCGCGCUCAGCCCGUCAUCGAGUUCAUGUGCGAAGUGCUGGACAUCCAGAACAUCAACGAACAGACCAAACCGCUGACGGACUCACAGAGGGUCAAGUUCACCAAGGAGAUCAGAGGUCUCAAGGUGGAAGUGACGCACUGCGGCCAGAUGAAGAGGAAGUACCGUGUGUGCAACGUGACGCGCCGACCCGCCAGUCACCAAACGUUCCCGUUGCAGCUGGAGAACGGCCAGGCCAUGGAGUGCACAGUGGCCCAGUACUUCAAGCAGAAGUACAGCCUGCAGCUCAAGUAUCCUCACUUACCCUGCCUGCAAGUCGGGCAGGAGCAGAAGCACACCUACCUUCCUCUGGAGGUCUGCAACAUCGUGGCCGGCCAGCGCUGCAUCAAGAAACUCACCGACAACCAGACGUCCACCAUGAUCAAAGCCACGGCGCGCUCCGCCCCCGACCGGCAGGAGGAGAUCAGCCGCCUGGUCAAAAGCAACAGCAUGGUCGGGGGCCCGGACCCCUACCUGAAGGAGUUCGGCAUCGUUGUGCACAACGACAUGACGGAGGUGACGGGGCGUGUCCUCCCAGCGCCCAUGCUGCAGUAUGGGGGCCGGGGACUCUCUCCGCAGAAUAAGACCGUGGCCACGCCCAACCAGGGGGUGUGGGAUAUGAGAGGGAAGCAGUUCUACGCCGGCAUAGAGAUCAAGGUGUGGGCCGUGGCCUGCUUUGCCCCCCAGAAACAAUGUCGGGAGGACCUGCUCAAGAGCUUCACCGACCAGCUGAGGAAGAUCUCCAAAGAUGCUGGGAUGCCAAUCCAGGGCCAGCCGUGCUUCUGUAAAUACGCCCAGGGAGCCGACAGCGUAGAGCCCAUGUUCAAACACCUCAAGAUGUCCUACGUAGGUCUGCAGCUGAUCGUUGUCAUCCUGCCUGGAAAAACGCCCGUCUAUGCUGAGGUGAAGCGGGUGGGAGACACGCUGCUGGGCAUGGCCACGCAGUGCGUCCAGGUGAAGAACGUGGUGAAGACGUCGCCCCAGACUCUGUCCAACCUCUGCCUGAAGAUCAACGCCAAACUGGGAGGCAUCAACAACGUCCUGGUUCCUCAUCAGAGGCCCUCCGUGUUCCAGCAGCCCGUCAUCUUCCUUGGCGCAGACGUCACUCAUCCUCCAGCGGGCGAUGGGAAGAAGCCGUCCAUUGCAGCGGUGGUGGGAAGCAUGGAUGGUCACCCCAGCCGAUACUGUGCAACGGUUCGAGUCCAGACGUCCCGACAGGACAUGUCCCAGGAGCAACUCUUCAGUCAGGAAGUGAUCCAAGAUCUGACCAACAUGGUGCGGGAGCUGCUCAUCCAAUUCUACAAGUCAACCCGCUUCAAGCCCACACGGAUCAUUUACUACCGCGGUGGCGUGUCUGAGGGCCAGAUGAAGCAGGUGGCGUGGCCGGAGCUGAUUGCCAUUAGGAAGGCGUGCAUCAGUCUGGAGGAGGACUACAGGCCCGGAAUCACCUACAUCGUGGUCCAGAAGCGCCACCACACCCGCCUGUUCUGCUCUGACAAAGCCGAGCGGGUUGGGAAGAGUGGGAAUGUUCCGGCUGGGACCACGGUGGACAGCACCAUCACACACCCGUCUGAGUUCGACUUCUACCUGUGCAGCCACGCUGGAAUUCAGGGAACCAGCCGUCCCUCCCACUACCACGUCCUGUGGGAUGACAACUGCUUCACAGCCGAUGAACUGCAGCUCCUCACCUACCAGCUGUGCCACACCUACGUCCGCUGCACGCGCUCCGUCUCCAUCCCGGCCCCGGCCUACUACGCCCGGCUGGUGGCCUUCCGCGCUCGCUACCACCUGGUGGACAAAGACCACGACAGCGCUGAGGGUAGCCACGUGUCGGGUCAGAGUAACGGUCGGGACCCGCAGGCGCUGGCCAAGGCCGUCCAGAUCCACUACGACACCCAGCACACCAUGUACUUCGCCUGAGCUGAGCGUCUUCCUGUGGAUCUUCUCCUCUUCCUCGUCUCUCUGUCCUCGUCUUUCUUCAUCACUCUGUUUUUAUUUUCUGACUCUGCACCAAAGCGGCUCGGCUGCCGGUCAAACGCAGCUCCGCGGGGCGCUUUCUGACCGGCGUUUUCCCGCCCGGGCCGCCGUUUCUCAACCAGCAACCUAGCACUGCGGGCCCCCAGGGGCCCCGCUGCACAACCGAAAAAA